GAACACUGUGGUUCAAGCUUUUGUCAUGGAGAAACUGACGAUUAACUGUACUGUAGGAUUCUGCACUGAUCUACCACAAGUCACUUGGUGUAAACUGAACAAAGAUAUCUGCAAUCCUGUGACCAAAACUCCUCACAUCCAAACCCAGUGGAACUACUUAACAAGUAACUCUGGAAUAACAUUCCUGCAUUUUACUAACCUCACCUUAGAUGAUGCUGGACUGUACAGGUGUUCAGUUAAUACAGAUCGAUCAAUGAUCAUUAGCCAUUCCAUCAGUGUCAUAGUAAAUGAUUGUCAAGCAGAGUUUUCUGUGUCUGAUGGCUGUUGGUGGAGGGCUCCCAUCUCUGGCUCUGUCACUGUGUCCUGUGUGGUGAGUUUCAGGUUUGAGCUCAUAGUGUCAUGGUGCAGGGAAGAUGGGGAUACCUGUUUACCCCUAAAGGGUCAGUCCAGACACACCCUCACCUGGAAUCAUACAGGUCCAGGGACAGGUGUGUCCUACUUGACCCUCCACAACAUCACCCUGUCUGACUCAGGGUACUACCGUUGUUUCGUCUCUCUUCCUGACCACUGUGAUGUAGACACCAGAUCCAGCCAACCGAUGGGCCUUCACGUGACCAGAAGUGGUGAAGUGGUGGAACACUGCAGAGAAGAUGAACAUCCUGUCUAGUGGAACAGAGCAGGGUGAUGUUUG